AAGCACUUCAGCUCUCAGAGGAGAAGGAGCUCCUCGGUGAACGCGUCUGAAGAGUGGUCCGGCGCGUCUGUCUGUGAGGCAUGGAACCCAAGCGGAUCAGGGAGGGCUACCUGGUGAAGAAGGGAAGCGUCUUUAGCUCCUGGAAGCCCAUGUGGGUUGUGCUCUUAGAAGAUGGAAUUGAGUUUUAUAAGAAGAAAAGCGACAACAGCCCCAAGGGGAUGAUCCCUCUGAAAGGAAGCACUCUCACUAGCCCCUGCCAGGACUUCGGCAAAAGGAUGUUUGUCUUUAAGAUCACUACAACCAAGCAGCAGGACCACUUCUUCCAGGCAGCCUACCUGGAGGAGAGAGAUGCUUGGGUUCGGGAUAUAAAGAAAGCCAUUAAGUGCAUCGAAGGAGGCCAGAAGUUUGCAAGAAAAUCCACAAGGAGGUCCAUUCGUCUGCCAGAAACCAUUGACUUGGGGGCGUUGUAUCUGUCUAUGAAAGACACCGACAAAGGCAUAAAGGAACAGAAUCUGGAGAAGGACAAGAAGGUUUUUAAUCACUGCUUCACAGGUAGCGAGGUCAUUGACUGGCUAGUUUCUAACAAGUUGGUCCGGAAUCGCCAGGAAGGCCUCAUGAUCUCCUCAUCACUUCUCAGUGAAGGGUACCUGCAGCCUGCCGGGGAUUUGUCUAAAAAUGCAGCGGACGGAAUAGCAGAAAACCCCUUCCUGGACAACCCGGAUGCUUUCUACUACUUUCCGGACAGUGGAUUUUUCUGUGAAGAGAAUUCCAGCGAUGAGGAUGUGAUUCUGAGAGAAGAAUUCAGAGGCGUUAUCAUCAAGCAGGGAUGUUUACUGAAGCAGGGGCACAGGAGGAAAAACUGGAAGGUGAGAAAGUUCAUCCUGAGAGAAGACCCGGCCUACCUGCAUUACUACGACCCUGCUGGGGGUGAAGAUCCCCUGGGAGCGGUUCACUUGAGGGGUUGUGUGGUGACAUCAGUGGAGAGCAGUCCUGAUGGCAAGAAGAGUGACGAGGAGAACCUUUUUGAGAUCAUCACAGCGGAUGAAGUUCAUUAUUACUUGCAGGCAGCUACUCCCAAGGAGCGUACUGAGUGGAUCAAGGCUAUCCAAACGGUCUCACGGACUGGGAAAUGAGGACACCACAGAUCAUCAAGGUGAAUCUGACUGGCCAAGAUCCUGCAACCGGGACGACAGAGAUGGAAUUCAAGGCCGGAUUCCGAAUUCUCAGUUGGCACUGUGUUUUGCCUUCACUCUCCUCACGUGCUUCCUGAGUGUAUAAAUUUAACCUCCCGUUUAUUUAAUAUUCUCCUUAGCAAGCCUUGGAGAGCUGUUCUUCCCACCCCCAGUGCUGAAAUAAAAUGAUAUUGUGCCUAUACAAUGUUCCACGAGAAGUCUGGAGAUAUCACAGAUUUUCCAAAAAUUCUCAAGCUUGGGGAGAGCUAGCUCUUUCAUUCUGAGCUGUUCAUCGUCAUUCAAGCUGAGUUCCCCCCUUUUCUUAUCACUGCCCCCUGAAUAAAAUAAUUACCACAACAUUC